AUGGAAGUUCCUACUGCAGUUCCUACAACAGAGCCUACAGAGCCUGCAAAGGAGGGGCCUGCAAAUCCUACAAAAGUAUCUACAGUGCCUACGACAGUCCCUAUGGAGUCUACAACAGAACCUAUGGAGCAUAGAACAGUACCUACGGCGCCUACACCAGUCUCUACAGUGCCUACAGAACAACCUACACCAAUCGAAUAUAUUCGAAGUCCUAGAGCAGAAACAUAUCUGACUCAAGAUGGAACUAGGGAAUGGAUUCCAUAUUGUGUUGAAGAUAAGAAACCACGUGAAGGAAUGGUAUUCAAAACUUUAGAAAAGGCUAUCGAAUUUUAUAAGGAGUAUGCUGUAAUAUGUGGUUUUGACGUUCGUUCAGCUACGGUAUACAAGAAUAGCAAAGGUAUCAUUCAAAAGUAUUAUCUUUGUAGUAGAGAAGGUAUCUUAGAAUCCGAAGGUAAUUAUGAUGAAAAAGGGAAGCGACGCCGUAAAAGAAACUCAAAGCGAGUUGGUUGCAAGGCUAGAAUCAUUUGGAAUCUUAUCAAUGAAGAUGGAGAAUACAAAGUUACCAAAUUUUUUGAGCCUCAUAACCAUUGCCUAGCCUCUCCUACAUCCAUGCCAUAUUUGAGAAGUUCAAGGAAAAUGACGAUGGUUCACAAGAAUUUUGUGAAUAAUAAUACAAGAAUGAACAUUGGACCAACGAAAUCUUUUCGGCUAUUUAAGGAAAAUGUAGGUAGUUACGACAAUGUUGGAGCCACAAUGAAAGACUUUAUGAACUUUCAUAGAGAUUUGAAGGAGCACAUCAAGGGUGAUGAUGCUAAGAUGUUAAUUGAGAAUUUUAUACGAAAAAGAGAUGUUUUCAAUGGGUUCUACUUUGAUUAUGCCCUAGAUGAACAUGAUCAUGUUUCCCAUCUGUUUUGGGCGGAUGCAACUAGCCGUAAAAAUUAUUCAUUGUUUGGAGAGAUGAUAUCCUUUGAUUGCACCUACGACUCCAACACAUACUCAAUGGUUUUAGCUCCUUUCACCGGAGUAGACCAUCACAAGUCUUGCAUAACAUUUGGGGUUGGUUUACUUUCUAAAGAAGAUGCUCAAUCAUUUGAAUGGCUUUUUAGGACUUUCCUUAAUGCUAUGGGAAAUUGUGAGCCUAGAUAUUUGAUAACCGAUCAAGAUCCGGCAAUGAAAGUUGCCAUAAAUGAGGUGUUUGUUAACACUCGCCACCGACUUUGUUUGUGGCAUAUAAUGAAAAAAGUUCCUGAAAAAGUAGGCCCUGAGCUCAAACAAGAUGAAGAUUUUCUUAAGUUGUUAAAUGAGUGUGUGUGGGACAUGGAACAAGAAUCCGAGGAAUUUGAAGCUACUUGGAACUCGCUUAUGGUUCAAUAUAACCUUGUGGAGAAUGGUUGGUUCCAACAUAUGUUUUCAAUAAGAGAACAUUGGAUACCAUUCUACUUUAGAGAUCUCAGAUGA